CGGGGACCUAUGUACAGACAGGUAAAGGCGCCUCAUGACAGAGAAAAUUCCCAUGUCGAAAAUUUCAACACAUGACUACAACAUACCAGAGGGCUAUCAUCAGAUGAGCACAGCGUUUCCCAUUCUACAUCCUUCAUACCUAUAAGCGAUAUUUGUAUCCCUUCCCAACAAGUCGUGUCAGAGGUUCAACAGCGAAACGGUGCAUCUUGGCAAGGUAGAUAAGCUCGCGGCUUUAUGGCUUGAAGCGAUGCUACGUUGCUUUGCAGUACUUCAAAGCAAGUGCCGAUGACAACCGAGACCGACGUCUCUAUCUGGGAUGAUAUGAAAUGCUCCAUCGACGACUUUACUUCGCUCAUUCCCUGCGACUUCCACCGCGUGGCUAAUGGAACUGUCUCAAGAUGGCUCCGCUACCGUCACAUGGCGGACGCCCUCCGCGCCCUACAACAGUCGGCCAUCGACGCCUAAUUCAAGUAUGGCGUCAGUUCGUCGAAGUUCGUUGUACCUGGGCGAGGCCGGGCAUGGCCCUAUUGAGGCAUAUCUCGGUCGUGACAUAGAACCGUACGAAGGUACGGUCUGUGAACGUCUCAUUGAGCAGGUCGUGAACUGUAGUAGGAACGAUGUCUCACAACAUGACCAUUUGGCCGGUUCGAGCAGCGCGUUGGCCAAGACGCUUUUCGAAGCCGCUGCUACAAUUCAAUUUCAUGCGAAAUGGUUCGCACCGGGACCACUUGAGACGUUGUUCGAGCUAUCUCUGCGGAGUGCAAGCCGAUCCACAUCGACGUCUGACCUUUACGCGGCAUUGGCGCUCAUAGACGCAAUCGCUACGUAUUCGCACUUGCCUACGCUGUUACCGGCCGUCCGCUUCGUAGCAUUGACAUAUUACCAGGGCAGUCGGUCCAAUCGGCACAAGAGACUUAGUCAGAGCGCCUGGGCGGUUGCACAGCGUCUGCUGGAAUCUCACCUUGGCGGCCAAUUCAUAGGUCAUCUCCUAGAUGUCAUCAGCGCCCUGAAUCUUUCUGGUUCCAAAAUCCAACUUUGGACAAGCAUCGGUGCUCUCAUGCUAACAGCUCAGAAGCUCCUUCCAAUCUCUGAUGGACGAUCAUCGACAAUGCAGCCGACACAGAUUCUACUGGGCCUUGAAGAGGCCUCCGUGGACGACUCAAUGUCACGCGAUCAAAUCACAGCAGUCUUGAGUACGAUACUAUUGGACGACAAAGUGUUCGCGGCUGUCGAGCACGAUGGCAGUCUAAAUAUUUGUUUACAACUUUGUGAACGCUUCGCUGGACCCCAACUUGACCAGGCCGUCGCGGAUGACCUUUUUAAAGGUCUCGAGCUCCGAUCGUCCAGGUUCGAAUCUCGGCAUCAACCCAGAGUGGCGAGGCUGUACGUCGAGAAUGGUCGCGCUUUGCCCCCGGAUCUAUCGAAGAAGCUCCUGUUACCCUGGCGGACAUCAAUCUUCGAAAAUGAACAGACACUCUGGAAUUCAGAAUACCGUGCUCUGCUUUCCAAACUCUGCGCAUCACCCUUCUACCUCGACGAACUUGAUUCCUUUCUCGAUACUGCAGUCUUGGCCUUCUUCCGCUUCCAAAGUGUCAGCUUUCGGAAAGAUCUUGUCAACACACUAGAAAAGCUUUUACGAGACCCACUGACGGAGGACCGUCAAAGGAGGUCAUUGUCUUUGGGUCUGCUGAAAAUCUUCACACAUAAUAUGCAAAAGGCAAAAUGGGAAAAUGAAAGGAAAUGGCUCUUUCCUGUACUUUGCAGGCUGUCAUUACAUUGUGCCAACAUUACAGAAUUCCUUUUUCGAAUCCGCGCUGAUGCUGCGAGUGAAGGCUAUGUGGACGCAUCACCUUCCGAUACUGACCAACCCAGCGAAGUCAGUUGCGGGUUUACGAGCUUACAAGGAAUCGCCUCACUAGAUAUCGAGACAUGGGUCGACACCGUACACGAUUUGCUUUCGAGCAACGCACAUCGAUGGGAAGUGUACGACAUGCUUCUCACCUCCAUGGCAGCCCAGAUUCGGAACCAUGCGCUGUGGACUCUGAGACCUCAGCUGGUCAAUAUUCUACGACAUGCUAUUUGCGAUCGGCUGACAUCGGAUUCUUUCAUUGAUCCACCAGCAUCAGCGGGUGUCAGCAAGUCAUAUAUCGUCGGCUGUCUGCUCCAAAUCCUAACAGCAAUGACGACUUAUCACAAAGACUUGCCUCGACCAGAUAUUAAAGCCGCCAUAGUGACUUUCAUAUCUGUCGCCGGAUCUCGAGACUACACUGUCAGCAUUCAGUGCAUUCAUGCUUUGACGAUCUGCUGUUACGAACUUCCGGAAGUCAUGGCGGGCUAUAUGGACGUCGUCAUUAGCAAAAUGUCAAAAAUGGUUACCCAACGACACCUUGCCAUGUAUGUACUGGAAUUCAUUGCAGGACUUUCUCGACUCCCCUUGCUGCACGAGAAGCUCGAUACACAGGGCUUGAAGCGAGUUUUUGGAGUGUGUCACAGCUACCUGCAGACGAUCCGCGGCACUGCUGCUUUGGAGCGGAAAAGAACACCCACUUCCAUCAGUAGCGCAGGCGGGAGCAACACGUCGAACGACGACAUGGCUCAGUAUGUGUAUGCCCUCACACAUCAUGUCAUCACAUUCUGGUAUAUGGCUUUGAAAAGGAGCGAUCGGCGUGAACUAAAACCUUUCAUCAGCAACUGUCUUCGGUACGUCGAUGCGGAAGGUGUCGAGCAUAUCGAGGAUCAAGGUCUCGUAACAAUCGAUUUGAUGGACCGAGUAGAUGCAGAAGAAGGUAUCGCGGCUCUAGCAGGCGAGGCGUUUGACGUUCUCGAUGGGCGAGUCGUCAAGCGUCACCGUCUGUCGGGUCUAUUGCUUAUCACGACGGAGACGGCGCUUCGUACGAGCAAGACAAUCAUCACCAUCCGUCGGCCUUCUGGUACUACGCAACGGACGAUCGCGUCCGCAGUGGGCAAAACUUUGGCAACAACUGCGGAGACAGACGAGCACCUCGAUGCAUCGACCACCGUCGAGAACAAUGAAGACUACAUUACCGUCUUUGACGACGACAUACUGGGACGCACUUAUGGCAAAGUUUUCGUCCCUGGGCCGUCAUCUGCGCUUGGCGCCUCCGAUGUCAUCACCCUUUCAGAAGACGACCCGGCCGUCAGACGAGCCAUUGAAAUGUUCGACCGCACUCCUGCUCUAGAUUCUCACAAAGUCGGCGUCAUCUACGUAGGCGAGGGCCAGACCACCGAAGAAGAGAUCUUUCACAACCAGUCCGGCUCACCUGACUAUCGUGAGUUCCUGGAGGAUCUCGGCUCUCUUCGCCGCCUCAAAGGCGCCGCUUUCAAUCCCCAAGGCCUCAACCGUUACGACAACAGCGACGGCGAGCACACCAUCGUCUGGAACAACGACGUGACCGAACUCGUCUACCACAUCACCACCUUCAUGCCCCUCGACCCCUUUGGCGACGCCAACACGACGAUCAACAAGAAAAAAGCCCACAUCGGCAACGACUUCGUCAACAUCAUCUUCAACAACGCCGGCAGCCCCUUCCGCUUCGGCACCAUCCCCUCCGCCUUCAGCUACGUCUACAUCGUCAUCAGCCCGUCCGAACGCACCAGCUUCCUGCAAGCCCGCACCAUCACAUCCCGCCGCGCCCCAGCCGCCCGCUUCUACAACGUCCGCGUGCUCGCCCGCCCAGGCUACCCGAAUCUCUCCUCGGCGACCGACGAGCGCGUCGUCUCAGGCUCCUCCCUCGGCGCCUACGUGCGCAACCUCGCGCUCAACGCCUGCGUCUUCUCCGCGAUGUGGAACGCCGACGACGUCGGGGAAUACCCCUCCUCGUGGCGGCGACGUCUGCAGAUGCUGCGGCGCUUGGGCGAUCAGCACCGCCCGCACACGGUCCCCUCCACCUCCUCCUCGACGUCCGCCUUGCAGCAGCAUCAGCACCAGCCGCGCCAGUCGAAAUCCACCACCGCGUCGGCGGCCACGCCCGCGAGCGCGAGACCGAAGUCGAUGGCGAGCUCGGUCGCCAGUGGGAUGCGUCCGAGAUCUAUGGCCAGCUCGUCGAUUCCGAGUUUGAGGUUCGGGAAAGGGGGAGGGGGAGGGGGAGCAGCGGCGGCGGCGGCCGGGGAUGGGAAGAGUGACACUUGAGGGGGAAAGGACAUAUCCGACUGAAUUUUGGGAUGGUAUGGAAUGGGAUUUUCUUUUCAUUUCCCGGCAUUUUCCGGGGUUCGUUGCGCAACAGGACCGUCGUCGUCACUGGUGAGGCGGCGGGUUUCGACAAAAGUUUGUUCUUCUCGGUUUUAUUUUCUGGUCUUGUGUGGUGGUGCGACGGGGAGUUUUUCUCCUUUCGCAUCGGGAUGUGGGAAGCAUAUUUAGCGCAAUAGCGGUCUGGCAUAUUGGGCAUGUUUAUGGCGGAAGGGCACAAUAAAAGUUCUGAUUUUGGGAUGGGAAAAAAACCAUGUUCAUA